CCCACAAUAUCUUCUGACCUAACCCUGCCCUUCCUCCUGGAACCACAAAUGGAAAUCCAGGCAGGCUUUUACCAGACGCUCACCUGUCAGUGGACACACCUGCACUGCACUCUUAAGGUUGCACUUCCUGCUCUACGCCUCCAGGCUGCCAUCCAGAUGUCGCUCUGCAUGACCUCACAUUUCUGCCUGCUGGUCCUUCCAGUGAUAUCACUUCUUCUCUUCUCUCCUAUUGGUUGGAGUCAUGAUGGCCCCACUCCUGGAUGUCACUUGCAUCCCUUCAAUGUGACCAUCCGCAGUGAUCGCCGGGGCACAUGUAAAGGCACCCACCUGGUCUAUGCAUGUGUGGGCUACUGUGAGUCCAGCGCCUUCCCCUCCAGAUACUCAGUGCUGGUGGCGUCAAACUUCACCCACAACAUCACCUCUGCGUCUCGAUGCUGCACCAUCAGCAAGGAUGCCAAGAUCAAAGUACGCCUUGACUGCCCUCGAGGCCGUCAUGAAGAAAUGGAGAUCCUCACAGCCAAGGCCUGUCGAUGCGACAUGUGUCGCAAAUCUCGCUACUGACAUACCCAGCAUGCACCAGGAUGUGAACCACAGUACAGCUCCAAUAUGGAUAAAUGAUUAAUAUUCAAGAUUUACAGUGAUGCAAAAACUUUUUCUAUCUUUGCCCACUUGAAAACUUUAAAAUGAAUUCCAAAUAGUUGCUGUAAAUGUUAGUGCGACUGACUCUGUGUGUGUUUCGGGGAGGUUUUCAAAAAAACUUGACUGAUUUGCAUUUGUGUUAAAGGCCAAACCUUUCUCAUUUUUUACUUUGCUUUGAAGCUUGACACUUGACCUUUUGAGCAGCUAAAAAGUAGUUUGACUAUUAAUCUGUUACUCAGUAGCAGAAAAGUACACAGAAUUGUGAUUAAACAAAAUCACGACUCAUUAAAGUCUGAUCUCAUUUCACUUUUACAUUCAGAAUUAAUAACUUUACAUUUCAGGCAGUAAUGUGACUCUAUAUUGACUUUUAAUAAAACAGUCAUGUACUGAAAUCAACAUCAAGCCCAAUAAAACAAGAAGUUUAACUCAUUCUUUGCAAAAACCACUAUACACAGAAAAAAGACCAAAGAAUGUACAAAUUUAUUUAUAUUUAUGA